GUGCUGUGCUGUGCUGUGCCUGUCACCUGCAGCCCCGGUCAGGGCUUGGCACUCCACCCUUUGUAGAAUGAUUUCCUGUAAUGGCCAGGGCCAACUUGGAGUGGCUGCUGGGGUCCAGCCAGGGGCUCAGUCUCAUCAGCUGUCUGAGAGGCAGGAGGGGCUCCUGUGGAGGGGGCCGGGCUAGGCAAGCCGGGGGCAGAGGGUGGGGUCUUCCCACCAAGCAAGCCACCCACCCUCCUGGCCACACAGGCUGGCAGCCUGCACUGCCCUCUACAGGCCCUGGGCAAGUAGGAGGCCAGGCCGUGGUGGGGAGGCCACACCUGAUUUCCCGCUCCCCCCUUAAUGCCUCCCUGCCUGUGCUCCCUGGGGUGUGCCCGUGCCCUCAGCCCUCCAGACUGGGCCCACAGUUGCCACUGUGGACACCAGGCUCCCCAUGCCAAGCCCUCCACCCUGGGACCACUGUCCAGAGGCACCGGCCCACAGCUGCAGGCUGCACAGCUCUGCGAGUGGCCGGGGUUGGGGGGAGCCUCUGGGUGUGCACGGAGCUAAGCCAGAGGGGGCCUGAGACCCGUGCCGCAAAGUAGCUCGGCUUUGCUCCGCGGCCUGGGCACCCCCCUUGCCUGCACGCGCACCUAAUUCCUCUUCUACGACUUCACGCCUCCGUUGCGCACCUGCGUGCAGGUAGAGUGGCCGCGGGAAGUUUGGGGCGGGAGGUGCUCCGGCUCUCCCGUCGGCUCCGGAGUUCCGGAGGAGGUGGCGCCGCUGCGGGAUUCCCCGGAAGGCGGGGCUGCCCCGCCCCGAAGCGAGGUCAGGAUUGGGGCGGGACCCGGGUCCGAGCCUGAGGAAGCCGGAAGCCGAGCCCUCGGAGCCUCCGCCGUGGACCGCGCCCCUCUCUGGUGCGUGCGCGGGUUCCGCGUGCUGCGCCCUGCGCGGGGACCGAUUGUGCAGGCACCUGCCUCCCCGAGUGGCCCACAGCGACCAUGGGGACCGCCCUCGUGUACCACGAGGACAUGACGGCCACCCGGCUGCUCUGGGACGACCCGCAGUGCCAGAUCGAGUGUCCUGCGCGCCUGGACGCCGCGCUGAGUGGUCUGCGGCAGUGUGGUUUGGAGCAGAGGUGCUUCCGCCUGUCAGCCCGCAAGGCCUCCGAGGCGGAGCUGGGCCUGGUGCACAGCCCCGAGUACGUGGCCCUGGUGCGGGGAACCCAGGCCCUGGCUGAGCAGGAGCUGCAAGCGCUGUCUGCACAGUUCGACGCUGUCUACUUCCACCCGAGGACCUAUCACUGUGCCCAGCUUGCUGCGGGGGCUGCGCUGCAGCUGGUGGAUGCCGUGCUGACCGGAACUGUACGCAACGGACUCGCCCUGGUGAGGCCUCCUGGGCACCACAGCCAGAGGGCAGCUGCCAAUGGGUUCUGUGUGUUCAACAAUGUGGCCAUAGCGGCGCAACAUGCCAAGCAGAAGCAUGGGCUGCACAGGAUCCUCAUUGUUGACUGGGACAUCCACCACGGACAAGGCAUCCAGUAUAUCUUUGAGGAUGACCCCAGUGUCCUCUACUUCUCCUGGCACCGCUACGAGCACGGACGCUUCUGGCCGUUCCUGCGAGAGUCGGACGCCGAUGCGGUCGGGCAGGGGCAGGGCCGUGGUUUCACCGUCAACCUGCCCUGGAACCAGGUGGGGAUGGGAGACCCAGACUACAUGGCCGCCUUCUUGCACGUGCUCCUCCCGCUGGCCUUUGAGUUUGAUCCUGAGCUGGUGCUGGUCUCAGCAGGAUUCGACUCGGCCAUCGGGGAUCCCGAGGGGCAGAUGCAGGCCACGCCGGAGUGCUUCGCCCACCUCACACGGCUGCUGCAGGUGCUGGCUGGAGGCCGGGUCUGUGCUGUGCUGGAGGGCGGCUACCAUCUGGAGUCCCUGGCACAGUCGGUGUGCAUGACGGUGCGGGCCCUGCUGGGUGAUCCCAUCCUGCCCCUAUCGGGGCCCAUGGUGCCAUGUCACAGCGCCCUGGAGUCCAUCCAGAGUGUCCAGAGAGCCCACGCCCCUCACUGGAGGAGCCUGCAGCAGCCAGGUCGGUGUAGCCGUGUUGGGGCAGACAGGGCUCACCGGGGCUCCCUCGAUGGCCGGGAUUCGGAGUCGCCUCCAGACGCAGCCUCCGGCACCUGCUCCCCUCCGCUGCCCGGGGCUGUGGCGUGUGAGACAGCAGCAGCUGCCCUGAGCUCCCUCCUGGACCGGCUGCGUCUCCGCCCCGUGCCUCCUGUCCUGACAGCCGCUGCCCUGACUGUGCCAGGAGCUGCCCGGCUCCUGCCCCCUGAUGUCCUCUGCCAGGAGGAGUCGGCACCCAGGGAGGAGACAGAGGCCUGGGCCAGGCCACACGAGGCGCUGGCCCAGGACAAGGCCCUCACUGCCCUUGGGAAGCUCCUGUACCUUUUAGACGGGACCCUGGAUGGGCAGGUGAACAACAGCCUCGUAGUCACCCCGGGCCCUGCUGUGGCGGCCACCCUGGACGUGGCCAUUCGCCGAGGUCUGUCCCGCGGAGCCCAGAGGGUGCUCUGUGUGACCCUCGGACAGCUGGAUCGGCCCCUGGACCUUGCGGACGAUGGGAGGACCCUGUGGCUGAACAGCAAGGUCGAGGAGGCGGCCGCCCCGUCCAUGUUCCACGUCCGCACACCACUGCCGGCGACAACUGGAGGGUUCCUGAACUGCGUCUUGGGCCUGGUGCUGCCCCUGGCCUACGGUUUCCAACCUGACCUGGUGCUGGUGGCUCUGGGGCCUGCCCACGGCCUGCAAGACCCUUGGGCGGCUCUGCUGGCCGCAAUGCUGCAGGGGCCAGCAGGAGGCCGAGUCCUGGUCCUGCUGGAGGAGGAAUCCGCACCCCGGCUUGCAAGGACCCUGGCCCUCGUGCUGCACGGACAGGCGCCUCCCAGCCUGGGCCCGUUCUCCAUGGCCUCUCCAGAGGACAUCCAGGCCCUGACCUACCUAAGGGGUCAGCUGCAGCCGCAGUGGAAGAUGCUGCAGGACCCUUCCCGGGGCCCGCUCCCCGGAGCUCCGUGCAGCCAGCUCUGCGCCUCUUCGCAGCCCGAAGCGGGCCCAGGCGGGGACGGCGCCGCACACCAGCCUCCCGGAGCCGGCCGUUAGACAUCGGCCG